GUAGCAGUAAGGGAGGCUAUUGUGCACUUGCACAAGGAGGAAGUACUAUACCACACACAGAGAUAUAAUAUGUAUUGCUUGUGUCGGUACUCGAUCAGUGCAACAUGGCAUGUCUUCCAGUAACAUACGCUCUGUGCUGGCUGGUUAUGGCUUUAAGUGUAUCAGAAGCCAAAGAGGAAACAAAAACCUUCACGCUUAAUCCAAACCGGGAGAUCACGGAGGUGGCUGAUCCACAAUCUGGUAAUUCAAAAAAUGUCCAAGAGGGUACAAAUGUUACGUUGAUUUGCCCAAUUGCCUGGGAGGCAAUUGUCGAUGUUCUAUGGUACAGAACAUACGGAGCACCCGAACAAUACCGUCACUUUGUCCAAUGUCACAGUGCUGUGUUCAGCGACUCUGUAAAAAUCUCACAGAAAAAAUAUUUUGAUGGAAAAGGAUCUUGUUUCAACAAUUCAUAUGGAUUGAUGAUACAAAAUAUUGAUAAACAGAACGAAGCGAGAUGGUAUUGUCUGGUAAAUAACAAGUGGCAAAGUCCAUAUGUUGAAAUCAAAGUCGACAUGCAUAAUGUAGGAUCUACUUCACAAAGAAUCAGUUCACCCACGACAACUAUGGUGAAAGAUGUCACAUUAACAUCAAAGUCAACAAAAGGCACGACAGAAUAUACAACAGAAAGAACAGAUAAUGAAUCGGCAUCCAUAAACACACUGGUUCCUUUGAUUGGCGGAGCUGCAGGCGGUGCGUUCGUCUUAUUGGCCCUCGUGAUCACUGGAUGUGUUCUUUACAGAUCGAGGAGGGAGGUGAACAAGCCUAAUGAUGAACAGGCAUCAACAACAGAUUCUAACAGAGACCCAGGAGCAAAUGUUGAAGAGGCUGUUGUGAUGGAGGGAAAUCUCAUGUACGGCAGCUGCGGCGCAGGCAAUGAUGACUACGCACAAAUACCCUGUCGUGAACCUGCAUCUGCCUCUCAUGAGAAGGAAGAUGCCAGUGUGAUGAAGAAUCAACCUGACACAGAGGACGGGAACACCAAUCAGUCUGGAGUAGACAGUGGGGAUAUCUAUGCCAUACCUGACAAACCCAAGAAGUCAACAGUCGAGGAUGUAGAGGAUGUGUACAGUCAAGUGCAGAAGCCGAUGAAAGGAAUCGAGUAGAAUGAGGAAAGCCUGUCAGUUUACACGAGGGAGAUUUAUACGGUCUUGUUACUUUAACAAAUAGACGUAGCAUACAGUUCCCUUCCACUGAACUAGCAAUAAAGGAGACCAGCGUGACCAUCUCAUAUGUUUCAUAUUGAGAUCUAUACAUAAAGGGUCAUUAUGACAAGAGAUAUCUCUACAUGACUGUAUGACAAGAGGGAUGACUUUCCAGUAGUCAACUUGAACUUUAUGUCGAGCAAUAGUAAAGCAGCUCCAGGCUUUGCGGUCUACAUUUCACCCCUUUUGAGAUACAAUCGAGCAUGCCCUUUCUACCAAUAUUUCAAAGACUCUUGUUCAAAGGUUUUUUGAUCAAGGUUAAAAGAUUCAAGGUUUCAGUAAAGCCUUCAAAAAGUUUUAUAGUAGACAUGUCGACGACAUUUCCAAAUAUGACGCAUCCGUGACAACAAAUAUGUCCUAUGCACUUCCCUACUUUGACUUGUACCAUAUGUUUCCAUGUUGUUUUUCUGGUGUACAAUUGACUUGCAUGAACAUGUGCUUGUGACAGGUGUCACACGAUGGGUAGGAUACUUUCACCUUUUCAUGAACACCUCGUAUGGUCACUAUUUGAUAGUGGUCCACAGACACAUGUUCAUGAUACAGUCGGAAUUGUACAAUCGACUUCAUUUUUAUCAGAG